AAUCAUCUCUCUUUUGAUUGUAAGAGAUUGCUCUGGUUCAGUCAGGGGUAUAUUUAAGUUGCUCCUUGUUUUGAUGUGAUCACAACUUGUUCUGGGAGAUCAUAAAAACGCAUGACAGCAAACAAGAGAACAGAAUACUGCCUGAAUGUUCAAAGACAGAAUUCGCGCGUAAAGGGAGGAGAUGGAGAAAAAAAAGUUAAACAGAAAGAUAAAAGGGAAGCAUAAAGAUGAUCUUUAUUUUUUUAAAAAAGAAAAUAAAAGGAGAGGAAACGGAAAGGAAGCAGAAGGGGCCAUUAGAGCCAUCAUCAUGCAGAAGUAAGAACCUCCAUAACUUUAAAGGUGGAUGGAGAAAAGGACCUUCCCAUUAGUUUCAGCCUGCAGAGUUGCUGUCAUGAAAUUCUCAUCCAUUAUCUAAAAAAUGAAAAUUCUCAUCAGUAUAGAAUCUUUGCAGUUAGGGAGGAACAAUAACAAAUGGUUCAUGGUAGCACCUAUCAUGUAUCAAAGUUUAUUUCUUGUUUGCUACCAUGAACAAUUUACUUAAUUUAUUUACUAUCAAUGUUUCCAAAAAGGUUUAGCCUCAUCAUCUCACCAAAUUUACUUUAUUUACUAACAAAAUGUUCAGAGAAAACCGCGCGGCUUCAUCAGCUCAGCUGGUGGGAUGGCCACCGGUGCGCACAUUCCGCAAGAACCUGUCCACCCCAAAACCUGCAGAUGCAGAUGACCUGAUGAACAAGAUGAAGCCCUGCUCUGAUGAAGGCCAUGGCUCCAGAGAUGCAGCCCAAGAGAGGAGGCCAUCAUCAACCAUGUUUGUGAAGGUGAACCUGGAGGGCUACGCUGUCGGAAGGAAGAUCGACCUGAAGGCGCACCGCAGCUACGACUCGCUGUCCCAGGCUCUGCAGAGCAUGUUCCAUGGCUUCUUGUCAGAUGGCAUUGCAACUAGAGACAAUGAGCUGCAGCGGAUGGAGGAGGGCAGCAAGAAGAGGUAUGUUCUUGUGUAUGAGGAUAAUGAGGGAGACCGCAUGCUCGUCGGCGACGUCCCAUGGGAGCUGUUCAUUGCUUCAGUGAAGAGGCUCUACAUUGCUCAGGAUCCUAGAGUUCAUGGGAAGCUACGAUAAUAGCAAUGUUGCAAGCUGAUCCUGAAAGCCUGAACUGCAACCGAGGAUGAGAAAGAUCGAUUGCUGUUUUUAUCAUGAGCAGAUGCAAGGAAAUAUAUGGCAUAGGAUGACAGGAGCAUCAUAUUCAGAGAGACGAAGCAGCAAUAUGUGCUAGUGUUUAGCUGACAUGCUGUCCCUGUUCGCUUAAUUAGUAGAAUGAUUAAUUUUGCCUUGGUGUGCUUGAGGGAGCUAGUGCUUAUACUAGACUAUACUAACCCCCUCUAAAAAAAACAACAAAAAAAUAGACUUCUAGUGCGGUUAAUGUAGAAAGUUUUGGUUGUGUAUAUAUUUUUUGACCUGUUGUACUAUAAUUGAACUGAUGGUGCAUUAGCUAUUGCUUGUUAAUUAGCUUGUACUAUGUGUGUGGGUGGAUGUAAAUGACACUGGGUGCAAUAAACUAGUACUCUUGGGU